AUGAUGUCACGAUCGACCAUUCGCCAUUUGGCAGGGCUCCUUUUGAUCACGAGCCUCAUUUCCUCGGCAUCUGCUGCCAGGACAGCCGAUUGGAAGCCCAGAUCAAUAUACCAGACCAUGACAGAUCGUUUCGCUCGCACAGACGGAUCGACAACAGCACCAUGCAACGCCACGGCGGGCUUUUACUGUGGAGGAACAUGGCGAGGCACUAUUGACCAUCUCGACUACAUCCAAGGAAUGGGGUUUGAUGCCGUGAUGAUCUCCCCCAUCAUCGAGAAUAUCCAUGGUCGAGUCUCCUAUGGCGAAGCCUACCACGGUUACUGGCCAUUGAACUUCGACAAUCUCAACUCUCAUUUUGGCUCACACCAAGACUUGCUCGACCUCAGUGCUGCUGUCCACUCCCGGGGCAUGUACUUAAUGAUGGAUACGGUGAUCAACAACAUGGCCUACAUCACGAAUGGCAGCAAUCCUGCCACAAACAUCGACUACUCCGUCUUCACACCUUUCAAUAACGCUGACUAUUUCCAUCCCUACUGCAAAAUCACGGACUGGAAUAACAUGACCGAUGCCCAGAAUUGCCAGACAGGUGAUAAGAAAGUGCCCCUGCCGGAUCUUUACACAGAGCACGAUGAUGUGCAACAGCUUAUGAUUAAAUGGGCAAACAAGGUCAUCAAGACCUACUCCAUUGACGGGCUCCGGAUUGAUGCCGCCAAGCACGUCAACCCAGGCUUUCUGGCGAACUUUCGCAAGGGUGUCGACACUUUCAUGACCGGAGAAGUGCUUGAAGGAGCAGUCAGCAUCAUGGAAGACUACCAGACCAACUACAUCGACAGUUUGCCAAAUUAUCCGAUCUAUUUCGAAAUCCUAGCUGCUUUUACCAAUGGCAACACGUCCCUAUUGGCGAAAGCAGUGGAAAACAUGAGAAUCUCGAUGCCAGAUGUCAAUGCUAUGGCCUCUUUCUCUGAAAAUCAUGACAAGCCUCGAAUUGGUAGUUAUUCCAAGGACAUAGCGAUGGCCAAAAAUGUCCUGGUGUUUACCAUGCUGUUUGAUGGAAUCCCGAUGGUCUAUCAAGGCCAAGAGCAACACCUGUCGGGAAACAGUGUGCCUGUCAAUCGAGAAGCCAUCUGGCUCACCAAAUACGACACCAACGCGGAGCUCUACAAGCUGAUCGCGAAACUGAAUCGCGUCCGGAAACACGCAGCCUACUUGGGCACGGACUACUUCGAUGACUCGACUCAUACGAUCUUCCAGGGUGGUAGUGAACUGGCUUUCACAAAAGGUGUCCAGGGUCGACAGGUGGUCAUGGUGUUGUCCACUCAAUCUUCCACCAGUUCAGCCUACCAGAUCGACAUGGCAGUCAGCUUUAACGCCGGUACGGCCGUGACGAAUGUUCUGGACUGUACCAACUAUACUGUCGACAACCAGGGCAUGUUGCAUGUUCCUAUGAACAAGGGAGAGCCUCGGGUUUUCUACCCCACAAACUACAUGGACGGUAUUGGUCUUUGUGGUUACCCUGAGUCGAACAUUUCUCUCGCGAUGUUGAAGACUCACAGUUGGACGUCGGCUGGCAUCCGACCUACCAGUGGCACCGGUCUAGCUACCCUCCUGCUAACAGUGGUGAGCGGCAUGUUCGUGACGUUCCUUUGA